AUGUCUCACUUCGGUGACUUUAUGGACGGUGUACCCGUAAAGAUAUCUGAAAAAUAUAAACGGCCACCAAGAAUCGAGUUGCCUUAUAGUGUUCUCGAGUGUCCACUGCGAGCCCAGAGUGUCGUAGACAGCGUCCAGUAUUGCUCCACGUUCGAACGUAAUGUACUCUCUAAACUUAAAGAGCUUAAAAGUGCGAAAGAGACAAAGAAAAAUGAAAGGAAACACCGACUUCAGUUAUUGGAAGAAGCGAAACAGAAGAAAUUGGAUGCAAUCGCUGCUGCUGAGGCAGAAGAGAGACUGAAACAACUGAGUGUGUCGGAGGUAUCGUACCCGAGUACCGAAGAGAUCAGUGCUCUGUCUCCUGAUGAUAAAACUGAAAAAAACUGUGAUACUUACUCUACUCAAGACAAUAGCCCCGAAGCCGAUGUAGCUGUUAAUACAGAUAUAGAAUAUCCCGCCCCAUCUAUACAAGACUCUCAACACAUACUUCAGCCCAUACAAGUGCAGUCAAAUUACCCUAAUAAUAGUUUGUUAGACGACCCUGACCCCUUGCAAGAAUUUAAAAUGCAGACAAAGAUGUCUACAAUACCAUACAAUUACAAUCAUAACAUAAACACAUUAACAUACAAAGAUUUUGAGAAUGACACAUCCAGUCCCUUUGACAAUGUUGAAUUGAAGACAAUAAAUGAUAUGGAGCUGUUAGCCCAGGUGUUGCAGAGUCAGAGGGAGUCGACCACAAGCUGUGCGGCCCAGACAUACCCAGGACAAGCAUACAGCUACACAAACUGUGCUACACAAGCCCAAAUGGGUGUAGAAAGCCUACCAAAAUCUUAUAUUGAGCAACAAAUAGUAGGACCUAAUGUUAUUUACCCCCCACAACCUUAUCCAGUAUCAAAUGGAUACUAUGUGCAUCCCAAUCAUAUCUGUGAUAAUAUACCCGUAGACAACACAUACAUGCCAAAUUACCAAUAUUACAACCCAACACAGACAUAUGCCGGCCCCUAUUAUAGUCAAUUGCCAUCAGGUUCUGGUGAAAUUCAAGUACCAACGGAUCCCCAAUACAGUGCUCAACCAUACUAUUUGCCCUAUAACCAGGUUCAACAACCUUAUACCAAUACAGUAAAUACACCGGAAAUGACGGACACUAAAGAAAGUGUCUUAGCAAGUUCCCAGAAUACAGUAAAAUCUAGAUCGAGAAGUGUGCCGGAUAUUGUUAAAGAAUUGAAUGAAGAAUUAGCUUCAGAGAGACAGAGGGUCACCGACCGGUCAUACAAUGCGAGCCCAGCGCCUGUCAUUGUUCCGAGAUCUUUAUCUGGUAGUGAUAAGAAGGAGGAGAAACGGAAACGAAAAAUAGAAAAGUUGCCAAAUCCAUAUGAAAAACUUCCACCAUUAAUGCAAACUAUGUGUAAGAAGAUACAUGGCAUGGGGUUUCCAUUGGACAGGGUGGCUAGGGUGUGUAGUCUUAUAGGUGAAAAUGAUAAAAAGGUUAUAGAAUGUCUCCUCAUCCUCGGAGAGCUUAUGGACCUCGGCUUUUCCGAAGCCCGUGUGUUGGCUGCCCUCGCCAAACAUGAGUUCAACAGGGACAAGGCGCUCGAUGAACUAGUUUCUUAA